AUGUGUACUGACGUUAUCCGUAAUGUACUGCAUAACUUUUGUGAACUUAUUACACCAAUAGGACUCAGUAUCUCACCUUCUAAGACCAAGCUGUGCGUUAUAUCAAGGAAAUACAAAUUACCACUUAUUUCCAUAAAUAUUAAUAACUGUGACAUUGAGGUCGUACAAUGUAUUAAGUUUUUGGGUAUGUGGAUAGACAGUCGCUUUAAAUGGACAAAGCAUAUCAAUGAAUUAACUCAAAAAUGUAUACCCUUCAUUAACAUAUUGAGUUGUGUUAGUGGCUUGUCCUUUGGUAUUCAUCCGACACAUCUACGACGAUUAUACAUAAGUACAGUAAGAAGUAGACUCGAUUAUGGAUGUUUUCUUUUCGGGAACGCGAGCCCGAGGUUGCUUCAGAAACUCGAUGUCAUACAGAACCAGUGUUUAAGAAUUUGUGGAGGUUUCAUCCGUUCUACACCCACUCAUGUCAUGCAAACUGAGAUGUGUAUACCUCCUCUUUUUAUACGUAGAAAUUACUUGAGCCACAAAUACUUUCUUAAAAUAUCCUCUAGACAAAAUGAUUACUGUCAUGAACGAUUAGCUGUUUUUGAAAAUCUGAUAAAGUCUAAUGUACCUUACUGGCGAAAAAACCAACUUCCUCUGUUACAGUCAAGUCACCGUCAAUAUCAAGAUUUAAACAUUUAUAAAUUCCAGAACUGGCCAUCCCACCAACUUCCUUUCAUUAUUUAUAAAAUUGAUUUGACAAGUAUAAUAAAGAUUGAUAUCAAAAACAUAACGUCUUCAAAAGCAAAACUGUCAAUUAAAGAACUUAAAGAUGCCACAGUGUCAAUGAUACAAGUAAAUUACGCAGAUUUUGUUCAAAUUUAUACAGACGGAUCCAAGACUGGGAACCACAAUGGAUGUUCAUUUUAUGAUCCAGUCGCCCUGGUGGCGGCCAAAUUCAACGUAGAUGAUCCAAAUGUUAACAUCAUGUGCUUGGAACUUUUGGCUAUUGCUGAGGCCCUACAUUAUUUAACGUCAACUAACUAUACAAAAAUAGUCAUAUUCACUGAUUCUAAAAGUAGUUUAUAUCACCUUCUUGCAUGCAACAGAGGAAAGUUAGGAAGAAAGGAGGCUUAUCUUAUUAUUGAAAGUAUCCAAACAAUGAUACGUAAUGGGAUUAACGUCUACCUACAAUGGGUACCCUCCCAUGUGGGAGUUUUUGGUAAUGAGGUCGCUGAUGAGCUCGCCAAAGUAGCCCAAUCUGAUGGAAUUCCUCUUCGUGUAUCGCUACAGUCUUCAGAUUAUAUCCCAAUUGUAAAGAAGCUUUGCUAUGAUCAGUGGAAGACACAUUAUAAUGUGAUCUCUUGCGAAAAAGGCAUUUGGUACAAAUCCCUUACUGCUGAGCCUCCACAAAUUCCUUGGUUCAGUAAUACUAGGAUGACAUAUAAAGAACUGGUUGCUUGUUUUAGACUUCGGUCAGGACAUGUUCCGUUGAACAAUUUUGGCUAUCUCAUGAGUAAAACAGAAAGUCCCAAUUGUGUUGUGUGUAAUACGAAGGAGGACCUAAUGCACCUUUUGAUAGAAUGUAAAAUUAAUGAGUCACUUAGAAUAAAGCUAUUAACAGAUACCCAAUGUCCAAGACAAGAUAUUAUGUUCCUGUUUCACUCUGUACUUAGUUCUAAAUUCGCUAGCAAUAAUAGUAAACACAUAAUUUGGUUUUAUAUACAUUCUCUAGAAUUAAGGAAACAACUGAUCUCUGUC